AUGUUGCUCCCGUCGUCCUCUCUCAGAGCGGCCUUUCGCGGGCUGUCACUCCACAGCACAACGCCAGCCAAGCGCAGCUUUUCGACCUCCCUUUGCUUGCAGAGUAGAAAGAAACUCUCGGAAGCCAUUCCUCCUUAUCCAUACAAGCCGAACUACGUGUACAAGCAAGCAGACACGGGUCUAUACGGCGGUGCGGCCAUCCAAUUCGGCAACAAGAUUUCCAAGGGACGAAACAAGGGCAAAACGAGACGUGCCUGGAAACCCAACGUGCGAUGGAAGAAGAUCCAUAGUGAAGCACUCGAAAAGGACCUGUUUCUCAAAGUCACCCGCAGGGCGUUGCGCACAAUUGAGAAAUCCGAAGGACUGGACAACUAUCUGUUGUCGGACAAGCCAGCAAGGCUUAAGGAGCUGGGAUUGACCGGUUGGGAAUUAAGAUGGAAAGUCAUGCAGACGCCCAAAAUCCAAGAGAAAUUCAGACAAGAAAGGAAAGCGCUAGGACUCCCUGAAGCCCCGCCUACGUUUGAAGAAUGGGUAAAGGAGAAGACCAAGAAUAAGAGGUCCAAGGGGGAUACUGCUUUUACAAGCAGUCUUAAUAUCAAGAGCCGGGUAUCUCCCAAACGACCGGCAUCACCCAAGGUGAAGUCGACGGAGAAGUCGAAAUGA